GCUUCACGGUCACGCGGGCUCAGGAUUACUGUUCGUCUCCCCACGACCGACUACGACGUCCGUGGACGCGAUGAAGAGGAGCCACGACUUCAGCUCGUCCGAGAGCGAGCUGGACGAAGCCGUCGAGGUGGAGAAGGAGAGCGGGGACGAGGGCGGGAAUAUUCGCUCUCCUCCGAGCACUUCCAAUCAGGUGCAGGCGAGGAAGAGGAGGCGAGGAAUCAUUGAGAAACGUCGUCGCGACAGGAUCAACAACAGCCUGAGUGAACUCCGCAGGCUGGUGCCGAGCGCCUUUGAGAAGCAGGGCUCGGCCAAGCUGGAGAAAGCAGAGAUUUUGCAGAUGACGGUGGACCACCUGAAGAUGCUCCACGCCGCAGGGGGCAAAGGCUUUUUCGACGCCCACGCGCUGGCCGUGGACUACCGCGGUCUCGGUUUCCGGGAGUGCCUGGCGGAAACGGCUCGCUACCUCAGCGUCAUGGAAGGUCUGGACAACGCCGACCCCCUGAGGAUCCGGCUGGUGUCGCACCUGAACAACUACGCCGGCCAGCGCGAGGCCAACUCGGGGCUCGGUCACCUGGGGGCGUGGGGUUCCGCCUUCGCCUCGCCGGCCGCCCACCUGCCCCGCCCGCUCCUCGUGGCCGGGUUGUCUCGCAGCGCUAGCGGCAGCCCUCCGUCGUCGUCGUCCUCUUCCGCUUCGUCAUCGCCGUCCACUGAGACUCGCCCCCAAGGGAGGCGAAGUGGAACCGCCGCCCCUUACUCGGAACAGUUGCCGCCCGGUGUGCGCGGCCCCCCUGCCGCCACCCCCGCGGGCACCGUCCUGCGCCCCGCUUUGGUUCCUUCAUCGACAAACAAGCAUCUCCUCUCAGCGUUCCCCUUCCCCUUCGGAGCCUUCCCGCUCAUCUCCCCCGCCGCGGCUGCCGCCCUCUGCCCCCCGGCCCAGAAGGUGCCCACAGUGGGCAAACCCUACAGACCCUGGGGGAUGGAGAUUGGCGCUUUUUGACUGGCACAGAAAGACUUUCAAUGAGCUGGACUCUUUAAGACUUACCUCUAUAUUGUUUCUCUUUUGUCCGCGCUGCCCCCGUGCCCGUCCCCUCUCUACCAAUCACCCGUCCACUUAACUCGUCAUCCGUACGCUCUACCCAUCACCCGUCUUUAACUCGUCCUCUCUACCUUUAACUGGCACAAAAAGACUCACAAUGAGCUGGACUCUUCAAGACUUUCUCUCUCUGUUUUUCUAUGCUAAAGACGUUCUAGGAGGUUCUAGUGUUGUAUAGAAGGUGCGCAACAAGAGUGAUUGACUGCGUUGACUGAACUCCGUGCCUGCCCGCCCCCACUUUUCUUCUUCUUUUAAAGAACUUUCUCCAUCACUCGUGGGCCAAUCAGGAAUGACUUUUCCAGAUGGUCAAGCGGUCGUCCGUCAAGUUCCCAUGCGAAAAACCUGCUGUAAACAACCCCCCCCCCCCGUGCACCCCCGGGCCCUUUGUUUUGCCUUGAAACACCCCAGUGUUGGCGGGGUGAGGGUGGCCUUCGCUUCUUUAGACAGCAGUUUAUGGGAUGGAAUAAGCCAAGCCAGGUGUUUUGUUUGACGGGAGACGCAAGCAGCAGAAGUGAAGCGACCGGUGGGGCGCACCCCCCUUGUCUAAAUUCUGUUUGCAUCAACUCCAGGUCCAACUUCUCCCACUGCAUAUUGUGUGACUUUGUAUAUUUUAGAGCAAUGUUUUAAACCGCGCACCCCCCUUCACAAACCUUUCACGCUGUGCACCCACUUCGACAACAGAAGUGGCGCACCCCUUCCAACCUCUCAUGGUCCUUUUUAAAAAAUGUCAACCAAAAAAAAAUUAAAAAAACACGAUCACCACCACAUUUUUAAUCUCUCCUACCCUGUGGAGAGCACUUGCCAGGGGUGCGUGCACCACGGUGUUAAAGUCAAGUUGUUGCUGUUCUCAUGACAACCACCCUAAAUAAACAAGCUCUGGUUAAUGACC